AUGUUGCAUCGCUCCGCUAGGUGGGAGAUGAUUAGUUGUGUAGUCGCACGAGCAAAGGGCAUCUUCAACGAUCAAUCGGCACGGAUAAAUGACUUUACGGGGGAUAUCAAGAGAGAUUUGGACGGAUUAAGUCAGAAGAUUGACUUACUACAGCAACACGCAAAACAGUCUGCGGAAAGUCGGCAAGCUACAGCGCAUACAAGUGGUAUUGUGAAGACGCUUCAAACGAGAACUGUUAUCGUGAAAUGUAGACUGAUGGGUAUCACCAAGGAUUUUAAAGACGUAUUGGAGUUGCGGACUAAAACGUUGCAGCAACAGGACAGGCGGCGAAAUAUGUACGCAUUCUCGUCGCCAUCAAAUCCAUUCCAGCAAAGAGGAGGUCAGUACUGCCCUCCAAGCGGGUUUGACAUCGAGGGAGGUCGGGACGAGCAGCAGGAACAGAUGUUGCAGGGCCCUGGGUAUCUGAAUGCUAGGGCUAAUGCUGUGCAAGCUGUGCAGAGAACUAUAGGCGAGCUCGGUCAAAUGUUCGAGAAGGUGUCGUCCAUGGUGUACGAACAGGAUGAGAUGAUAAUGCGAAUAGACUCCGAUGUGGAUGAUACUAUGGGACAUCUCAAUGAGGGACAAAACCAGCUGUUGAAGUACUUCCAUAGUAUAUCGGGGAAUCGUUCGUUGAUACUGAAGAUUUUCGCGAUACUUGUAUGUUUUGUGAUAUUUUUUGUCCUAUUCUUGGCGUAA